AUGUCUCCAGCUUCAAGAAGAUCUGGACCAAAGUCCGGCCCCUCUACCCCUCAUCAGGACGCAUCCACUCUAAACAACAGCAGCAGCAACUCUAACAACGUCGCACAUUCGAGCAAUCCCGAUCAAGCGGGUGUUAACAUGGUAUCGCCAGACAUUAACCUCACUAGGUUAGUAACUAGACUCCCUCCCCAUACCUACCCUGAACACCCCUCCGUCGCCUCCAACUCUACUGAGUCUUCUCCUUCGCCCAAUGCCUCGUCCCCGGUCUCCUCCUUGCCCUAUCCUCACCACGACCCUCGUCACUAUCUUCGUCCAAACCAUCAUUCUCCUCAACAUCAACAUCAACACCAAUUCCAGCAUCAUCGCUACCCUCCUUUCAGACUUCUGACCCAGAAGGACAUCUUGAAGCAGAUAGUGACCCAGGGACAGGGCCAGGGCCAGGGCCAAGGCCCGGACCAGAAGAUGAAGACCCAGGGUGGAAGCAAGAAUAGAAGCCAGAGUGGAAGGAUUGCACCUACACAGCAGAAAAAGGACAGCAGAGGCCUCAACAGCACUAACCGGCAACUCCAUAACCAACCCACUAGGAGCAGCACUCGACAACCUAAUACAAAUACCCAAGGUAGCGAUGCUCUUCAAUCAACCUUAAACCCUGGCGCGCUUGCCAAUCCAGACGAACCCCAUGCUCAGGUUCAACUGAAUAUCGGCGCCGCCAACCCUUACUGGCCUGAAUAUCAGCAGCCGUCGCAUGCGCCAGCACUUCCCCUCAACUACUAUGCUUCGCCAGCACAGCACCAUCAGCACGUGACAGGUGUCGCACCUCUGGACAAUCGAGUACCAGUAGCUGCGCCCACAUCGGCCUCAGCAGGGCCCUCGAGACCUGCACCGCCACUGCCCAAGCUCAACCAGAACCAGGUCCAUGCGCAGACCCAUCCCUGGAGAAUUAAAGUCUACAAUGCCUGUCUCGCCUGUCGUAAGAAGAAGAUCAAGUGCAACGGCCAACCGACCUGCGACCGCUGCGCCCGACUUGGAUUCGAAUGCUCCUACAUCGAGGUACCUCAGUCGCAUCAGGCCAAGGGCAGACAAAACGGAAAGGCGACUACAGCAAGCGCCACUGCGACUACGAGUUUCGCCCCAGCCAAGACAAUAGUUAAGGGCCCUACAUCCUCAACGCUGGACCAGUCGGUGCCCCAUCAUCAGCAGAGCAACGUCGUCGAGACCACCAAGGAUGUGCGCCAGCAGCAUCGGUCCUCGAUCAAGGAUGCCGCCAGUGGUCCAUUUCCACAUUCGGCCCCUCGUCGCUCCAAGGAGUCCCUGCCUGCCAGGGAGUUGUUUGCGGAUAAUCGACAGCUCUCUCCCCAAGGACCGGUUGCGCAGAUGCCCAGGAAGGACAUACAGCCUACUGACGCAAUAGCUCCUCUGGGCCCCAAGCCCAUGGCUGCCUUUGUCAUGGAUCGGGAUACGGUCAUGCCGGAUCUCUAUCAUAUUCUCGUCAAUAAUGUCUCCAUUCUCAACGUAUCCAAGUACACGCAGUCGUCAGCACAAGCAGCCUCAUUCACAGCAAGACCAGAAGGGGGUGCGGUCUUGAUGGAUAUGGAUCAGCUCAAUCUCACGUUGGCCUCGCCCGUAAUCCCAACGUUCACGGUUCUGAAUUCUGAUCAUGCUGACCCAGACCACCACCAUUCAUCCUUCCAAAGGGACCCUGCAGUCACUUCUUUUCUUGAUCAAUCUACCCCCCUUGGCUUUGUUAUUACCAACAAAAGCGUCAUUCAGUAUCUGGUUCACGUUUAUUUCGAGUGCUUCCAUUGUCACUGGAUGUUUGUCGACAAAGAAAAGUUUUUGGCCCAACUCAGGGACCCAUCUUCACCUCCCGACCCACUCUUGCUCGUCGCCAUCUGUGCAGCGGGCGCCAAGUACUCGGACCACGAGGGGCUUUGUGCUGAGCCCGGCAAUCUUGCGACUAUUGGUGAGCAAUUCUUGACCCAUGCACGCAUUCUCCUCCAGGAUCGCUUUGAUAUGCCGUCGAUGUCGACCUUGCAGGCACUGUUGGUCCUUUACUGGUGCCAAGUGCAGACCGGGCGCGCAAGUCUUCGUUUCAUGUAUGUCGGAAUGGCCAUUCGCAUGGCACAGGAGAUGGGACUGAAUCGACCGGUCGACCCCAAGAAUCAUAAGAGUGUUGACGAGAGAGAGGUCCAGAUCAGAAAGAUAAUCUGGUGGUCGUGCUACCAGGCCGACCGAUGGACUUCAGCUGCGCUAGGCAAGCCAAUGGUAAUCAGCGAUGUCGACUGUCUUGUGGAUUACCCAGUCAGUCUGAACGAGAGCGAGCGGUAUCGUGUCCAAUCUUUCUGCCAUAUGACGGACCUCGCCAAGAUUCUUGGAAAUAUUAUCUUGAAUCUUUACACGUCGACCAAUGCCGCCACUUGCUCCUCGUCCGUAUUUUCGCACAUGGAUCAGUCGCUCUCUCAAUGGAUCGAGUCCAUGCCCUCGGUCUUGGCUGAGCAAGAGGAUGUCCUGACUACACCCGCUUCUCUUGACAGUGUCAGCACGCCGUCAGGACGCACGAGCUCUCAGCGCACAAAGCCAUCGACUGCUACUGCGACACCGGUUAUUCCUCACCAGGAAGCCUCCACAGGAUCUUCGACUGCUUCGAAACCAACAGCAGGGCCGUUGGGAUACUAUGCACUUCUCUUUCACACUGUGCGUAUCAUGCUCUUCCGACCAUUCCUCCACAACAGCGCACUUGCGCCAGUGCUGCCUCUCACGCUGCAGUCUCCUCUGAGUCGAUGCCGCGAAUCAGCGGCCGCCAUUUCGGAGAUGGCAGAGAAUAUGGUGUCGGAGCAGCGGUCCUACCGACAGCUUUUCAAUUCGAUCCACCUUUCGCUGUGCGCUGCAGCGACCGUGCACCGAUUCGUGAUUGCAUCUCCGCAAGCGCAAUCGGUCUCCCAACAGCCAAAAGGCCCUGAAUCGAGCGAUGGUCGCGAUGAUUCCAUGGCACCGUCUGGCGUGACCUCGACUUCCAAUCCGUUGCCCGCGACUCUGUCAAAGGCGUCGUCGCACGCCAAGACCGAUCUUUAUUAUCUAACGCUCCUCCUCCGCAUCCUUCAGAACUGUUGUCGUUUCUCGGUCGAAAAGAACAAUCUGCGGAACAUCAUCAACGGCUACCUGCCUCAGAACCACCUUAAUCCACAGGACUUGGCCUGGGCCAAGGAAGAAAUCAACAAGCCCUUUGCAAUUAUGCCCUUUUCGAUCAAGAUGUCUAUGCAGACGCCAUCUGGAUCAAAGUCGAUGGUUGCGCUCAACUUGUCAGCGCCAGAACCGCGUACUCCACCGAGGGUACAGCAGCCUCAGCCUUCAUCAGCGCAGCGAAUAGUGUUACCGCCCCAGCUAGUUCCUCAGCAGCAGCGACAGCAGGGUCUCUCGGCUCCGCAAUUUCAGGCACAGCAGUAUCAGCAGUAUCAAAUGCAGUUGCGGCGGCACCAGCGAGAUCAGCAGCAGACCAAGCAACAGGCGCAAACAAGGCGUCUUAAUGCAUCCAUAGAAGACAUGGUACCCAGCACAAGUCACAAUCAAUCUCAUGGUACUUAUAUUCCAGGCCCUGCUUCUCCAGACGACCUUCGCCAAGCCCAGACUCGAUCUGGUAGUAGGUCUUCUUCAAUGAGCGAACCUCCUGGAUAUGUCGCCACUGUAGGACCGAAUACAUUCUCCAAUACGGUCACCGCUGAGCAGCAGCAGCUUGAACAAUAUCAGCGCGAUUUGGACUUAUUACAGCAACAACAUCGCAUUCAGCAGUCUGAGUUGACUCAACACCACCAGCAACAGGCACUACAGUUGGAGCAGGCGCAGUUGUAUCAACAGCAGCAACAGAAUCAUCAGUAUAUGCAUCAAAGUCAACAGCGCCCACAGGAAAUGUUUGGUCAGCAACAGCAGCAUUCUGAGGAUGCUUCCGGUCCGUCGCAUCAAGACUCCCUUCGGGGUCGACCUUCGGUCAGCGGGAUCAUGAGCCCAAAGAGUCCAUACUCUAAGCUGCCGGAUCAUGCCGUUGCUUGUAACAAGCGUCAGAGCGAGGUCCUUUCGAAGAAGAAGCAGGCCAGGCAGAAGCAGCAUGAUACAUCGCAGCAGCAAGAUCGACAACAACAGUCUCAGGAUCAUGACCAAGGACAGCAGGAACAUCAGCGCCAGGCAAGGCAGCAACAGCAACAGGCACAUGAUUACCCACAGACAGACAGCUACAUGGCUGAUGCAUCACCGCCGAAUGUGGGCCCAGGGCUGACUCUGGCAUCGCUUUCGGGGAUGGCGGAUGGCAGCGACGAGUUUAUGGCGAAUAAUUCUGCAGCCGCCUCUGUCAUCAGCAGCCAUGUCACUGGCGCCACAGAUCUCUCGGGCACUAGUGGGGUAGCCAAUUUGGACGAACUGUUGAGUAUUGAGGCUACUGGAUACUACUCUGAGAUGUCCGCUACCAACACUGGAAGUGAUUACGGUAAUAUGGAUUCGACUACUAUGCCACUCACGGGACCUCCGUCUGUGGAAGGUCAGAAUCGGACCCAUUUCGCCGGAUCCCCCACCGAGUCCAACCGGUUCUGGUUCACACCCCAGCAGCAGUCAUCUGCCACGGGUAGCAGCACCAGUAGCAACCCCAACGGUAGUCAAGGUCGUAGCACGCACUCGCAUCGAAGCUCGAUCAAUGAGAACAUUAGUAGUGGUAGUCUCCAGCAUAUCCUUACUAAUAGCAGCAGGAACAGCAAUAACAACAACAACAGCAGUAGCAGCAGCAACAAUAGCGACAACCAGGGACGGUUUCAGGGCGGUUCGAUGAUGAUGGUGCCUCAAACGAUGGACAUGGGAGCAACUUGGCUUGGGUUCAACUAUUCUGGCAGCUCCAAUCAGCUGCCGCCCAUGCAUGGUCCUCCGUCGCCCGUGGCUCGACAAGGCGAUAGUCCUGUCGGCUACCAUUACUAUCCCUAUAUGUUCUCGUAUGCCCCUCAGCAGCCGGUCCCGCACUUGGGUCAGCCACAAGGCAUGCCUUAUGCGGCCUACCACACGAUAGAUCGAUCGGUUGCAUAUACGCCUGCUCUUCCGUAUAUAUACACAACGGACAGUACUGGAGCGAUGGGCAUGUAUGUCCCAACACCGGGGCCUCAGAACCCUCGGGGACAACCAGUGUUGGAUGCCCCUGAUAUGGCUUGGCAGCAGCAUUCGCAGUUUGCGGGACCACAGCAGCAGGCGAUAGUUGACUCGCAGCUUAUGCAGCAGCAUCAGCGUCAGCGUCAGCAGCAUCAGCAACAGGAGCAGCAGGAUCAAACGCAGCAGAUGUAUUCGCCGAUAUUGCCAAACCAGAUGUACUCUAUCCCACAACAGAGGGGACAGCAGCAACAGUCGUCUCAACAACAGCAACAGCAACAGCAUAAGGAGCAGAGGCAGCAAGCUCGUCUUACCAAGUUCAAGCACCAUGGCUCGGCACCGCGACAAGCUCAAUCGCAGCAACAGAAACAACAGCAAACUCAGAAACAUAACCGAACGGAGCAACACCAAGUCCGGCAUCCUUCUGCGACGUUGUUGCCGCCGUUGCCUCAAACGGCGUACCGAGAUGAUAACGGUUGCGCCGAAGCUGGAGGGCUAACAUUCUCGCCAGCCUCGUCGAAUUCAACUUUGGUUAACACGACAAGCAAUGCGUCGAACAACAGUAGCCAGCAGGAGAGCGGUAGCAGUAGUGGUGAUGGCCACUUACCAAGCCGUGAGACGAGUAGUGGUGCAGAAUCGACGGGUCAAAGUACUUCAACGCAGUUUGAGAGUGGCGGGCAGUUAUCGUCCUCAGGGAUGUCGGGGUCAGAACGGUCACCGACGGUUGGGUCGAACGAGAUUUCGUCGAAUUCGGAAUCGCCAAACUCGACGGAGGAUGCAUCGAACUCGAACGAGUCGGGUUCGUCGUCUGAGAACAAUGGCGACUCGCGAGCGUCGUCUGCCGACGUGGCUACAUCGUCCUCUGGCGCUGGAGCCGGUGGAGGUGGUAAUAGCGGUGGCGGCGGUGGUACGACCGACGGGAGUAACAGCGGAGGCGGCAGUGCCGGUGGCAAGACAGGAUUUUUAGGGAGCGGACGUCGUCGUCGUGGCAAGAAGUCGAUUUCGCAUGCAGGAUCUGCGGACUCGUCGACUUCGUCGUCGAAUGCGACAGGGUCUUCGGCUUCAGAACAGCCAGCCCAGGGUCGACACUAUCGUGCGCAUCAUCAGGCGCAAGAAGGCGAGGGAAGUAGUAGAAGCGGUGGAUCUCACCAGAACGGUGUUCAUCGCAAGCACAAGAGCAAGUACCGAUCCUCAAGCGCUGAGGACUCUGUCAGCGCGAUGGAGGGAUCUACGGCUGGUAGCGGCAGCGGUGGCGACGGGUCCAAGUCCGACUAUCACAAUCAGUCGAGUUCGUCAAGUGGUAGAAGCGAUAACGGCGGUGGCGGCAAUAGUGUACGAGGAGCCGGUGGACACGGUGGGGCAGACAGCGACAGCACCGGUAGCGGCUCUGGAUGUGUCUCUGGAUCGAACGAACCUUCGAGCAAGAGAACCGCAAGCAGGUCAGGGAUUAGAGGCGGUUCUGAUGGCGGUGGUGGAGAUGGCAGCACCACCGGCGGCUCCAGCAAGGAACGAUCGAUUGUAAAGGAAAAGGUAAAGGCGGCAAAGGAAAGUCGUCCGGCAACAACACAUUCUCCAAAGCAGUACAGAAGCAGCAACAGCAACAGCAGCAGCAACAGCAGCAGCAGCAGCAAUAGCCAUAGCAGCAGCAAUAGCCAUAGCAGCAACAGCAGCAACAGCAGCAGGCGAAACAGGCGCAGCAGAAAGGAUAGCAGUAGCAAACCCAGACUCAGCCAAAGACGUGACAACAACGAGAGCAGAGAAAACUAA